UAUCCAUACAGUAUCACAGAAACACAGGUGGCUGCAGGCAGCAUAGGCUUGUGUGUAAGUGGGAAGGGGGUGUCCAUGCACCCCGUGAGGCAGGGGUGGUGGGAGGCCAGCAGGGAGGCAGCAGCUUGGUCUUGCUCCAGUGCGUUGUCCACUGAGUGGUUCCUGUUUCCCCUAAGGCUGCCCCUCAUUAGCAUGAAUCGGGGGAAGGGCAUAAAAGACUCCAGUUCAUUUUGAGUCUGGAAAAACUUUACUUCAAAAUGACAACCAAAGUGUUCUGGCUCCUCUGCUUUGUCAUUAGAUCAUCUUCCAGCUCGGCGGCCGGAUCCCUGCCCUAUGCCGAGAAACCCAGUGAGACUCGCAGCAAAGAUGCAUAUACUUCAGCAGACUCUGCACCUGGCCAAGUCAAACUGCCAGCCUGGGGCACCACCAGUGCUAGAGAGAAUCACACCGAACACUGGCUUUUGUCUCCCACCAACCUGCAGCACCCAAAACCUCCCGAAGUCAUCUCCCGCUCAUCGGACAAAAAGAAACAAACCAAGCCUUCUCUAGAAAACAGCACGGGGCUGAGGAAACACCUCUUGCAGUAUGGAGGGGCCCUGCCUCUGGAGAGUGCAACUGAGGGGCCGUCUCCUGCCUCCUUUGACUUCAGCCACGCAAACAGAAUGCCUGUGGACAGACGGCUGGCUGAGGCUGCUAACAGUGUGUCGGCUCACUUCCACCACACAGCAUCUUCCUAUCAGAAGAUCACAGCCUUAGCAGAGGCUCAUCCUUUCCUACGCUCUGGAACAGUAGAGUCAGAUGAUCCUAACAUGCUGGAUCAUUUCAACCGACCAGGAAAGAUAAAUCCCUAUAAAAGUGCUGAUCUCUGGAAAAAGAUCGUCAAACCCUCCUGGGUGACUAACCGCCAGUCAUCCAGUCUGCCGUACCAUUUCAGCGUGUUGAAAAAAGAUGCUGAUAAAGAGAAGGCAUGUCUGACUGAGUGCAGGAAAGAGAGAGAUGAAGUGGAGGCCUACUGCACGAGUGAAUUCGCAGUGAAUGGAAUUGUUUAUAACAUGGAAAGACUGGGGAGUGGAGUCCACUUGAUUACGUUUUUGGUAAACAGCGAUGGAUUAUACAAGAUGAAUCGUCUGUAUUUUACUCCUGAUGGCUUCUUCUUCCGAAUUCACAUUCUAGUUGUGGAUUCUUUAAACUGCAGUAAACCGUGUCCAGACUUUAAACUUGGCAGUAGAUACAUUGUGAUGGGUCAGAUCUACCACAAGAGACGACAGAUCCCUGCAAACCUACUGCAGUUCCUGCGAGGGCGCCUGAGGCCUGGGGAUGGACUGCUUGGAAGCAGCAGCAGCUAUGUGAAGAGAUUCAACAGGAAGAGGAAUCGCAAAGUGCAAGGGGCUCACGCUAAAUGUAGAUAAGGCUACACUAACCUCUACAGGCAGCAGUAGAAUUCAUCUACAAGAAUAAGCGUGAUGACUGAGCAACAGUAGGAGGUAAUUCUACUUAUGCCUGAAAUUGGUUGUGAAUAGGACGCUUGCUUUUGUGCUUUGGCAAACACUAGCUGAAUGUUUUGAGUAGGUACCUACAUAUUGUGAAAUACAGCACAAAAGUCAGUUUACAAUAACUGCUCAUGAAUUUGCUCUAGCUGUUUCCAGAGCCACGGGCUAUCGCCUCCUCUGCUAUAAUGUACACCUAAUAAUUUGUAGUAAUUGUAAAGUAAAAUUCUGAAGGCUUGUUCAAGGUACACAAGUAACUGCACUUUCAAACCCUUCACCUUGAACAAGUAUUAGAUAAUACCAUAGCAUUACCUACAGAGGCUGUCAAUGGUAUUUUCACACAACUCUGCUUUAUCUGAUUCAAAAGAUACCAACAAAACCAAGUAUCUCGCAUAUCGUUUUUGUUUCCUCAACUACCAUUAUUCUUCAGUGUUAGGUUUUCAUAUAAAGCUUAUGAACUAGCUAUUAAUUAUUUAAGUAUAUGAAUACACUAUCUGAAAGCAAAUCAAAUAAUUGCACACCAGUGCCCAAUUAAGCUUACAAACAAUGUCACAAGUUCGUGCCAAGGAAUGCAAAAUAAGCAUGCAAUUGCAUGCACAUUUUGUAUGCAUGGUUACACUGUCAGUUCUUUAGAAGUUCAAUCCUAGAACUGUGAACUGGAUGUCAUCUUCCCAUGAGACUUACCCAGUUUGUACUUGCACAUCAGUAAAGUUAUUGUGAAUCAAAAAUACAACCUUUUAGUACCCUUAAUGUGGUGGAAAUACAAGAACUUAAUUAUAUGAAAACUCUGCAAAGGUGAUCUUAAUGUUUACUACUCCAAGAGCCAGUAUUCACAAAUUCUGGGUCUUCUAAGUGUUCACAGGGGGUCUGGAUUCACUGUUUCCUGGGUUCCAAAAGAUCCAAAAAGAUUAUGUAAUGAAUAUUAAAAGAAGGCAGCUCCUUGUUUGAAGCAUUGCCUAGUGAUUUUAAGAUAGGGUUCAAAUGUGUCUAGUUCAUGCAGUGGUGCAGAAAAGUAACUGCCAAUUAGUACUGCUAUUAAGACAAAAUGUUCUUCUAAAAGCAGUAGCUCUGAAUACUUGCAGAAAUAUCCCUAUAAGUAAGACCUAGCUUUUGAGCCAGUAGAAUCUUAAUAGCAAUGAAAACUUAAAACUGUUUAUAUGUAUAUAAAAAGGGGAAUAUGUAUAUAUGUAACGUGUAUGUGGGGAACUUGCCAUCUCAAUUAAAUACGUAUACAGUGAUAUAUAUGAUAUGAUCUGGAACAGGAACAUCCUAUAAACAUUUUCUGUUUUGAAGCAAAGGUAAUUCUAACACAAUUUUACGUCGUAAAAAUCUGCAGCUUUGUUUAGUGUCACUGAAGGCUAUGGAGCAGAGGAUGGGGGAUAAGUCACACCGUACAAAGUACUUCUUGGUCUGGAAUAGGAGACAAAAUACCCACUGCAAGCAUCAUACGUUUUAGGACCCAAAAGACUUACACAGAAAUUUACUAAUAGCUUGUGUCCAUCUAAAAAAAUAUAUUGUCUCACUUCUGUUAUAGGAAUGAAGAACUAACAUGGAACGUAGCAUAUAUAGAUGGAAUUUUCCUGAGGGACUUUGAGGGGGCUUUUGAUUUGGCAAAAUGACCAUUCCUGGCAACAAAUGAAAGCACUGGAGUGGACUGGAUAGGGCAGGGGAAGGAAGGAAAAAGGGUUACAUGUGCAUCUUAAGUUUCUUUAUUUCUAUGUUCAACUGCAGUUCAGGGACUAAUGAGCAAGUCCCAGAGUCACCCAUUUGCCCAGAAUAGCAAUUAAGCACCCGUCCUCACCCCCAAGACAUUACUGUAAUCUAAAAUAGGCAGCGUGGGUACAAAAACAACACCUAUGACCAUAUCUCAUUUUGAUUGUCUCAGAGACACGUAACAGUAUAUUGUGCUAAUGACAUCCAAAUCCCAAGUAAAAUGCCAGCAACUGACACAAUAUCUCUGCCACUAUCAGAUAAAAGCAGUGCUCUACAACUAGUUUCAAAGUAAAUCUAGAUCAUAGGCAAUGUUUUGAGGAAAAAAAAAAAUCAAGCUAGGAUAGCUCACCGUAUCAAAAUUGUUAGAAUACAUUAUUAUUUUAAAAUAUGAUAUUUAUAAAAACAUGAAAAAGAUGACGACUGAACAGAGAUCACAGGUCUUAAGAACUUACCAUGCUUUUAGGAAGGUGGGUAUUAAUUACUUUUAUAGAAUUGUUAUUUUCCAGAAACACCAUUUAACUAUAAAAGUUCACUACUAAUCAAGAAAAAUGCCUCAACAUACUCAAUGACAAUUGAAAACACUAUAGCUCUCAGCAAAAUUAAGUCAUAUGUAUGGAUUAUUUCCCUAAACAAACUGAUUGACUAGCAAUUAUAAUCUGGAAAAGCCAAGACCUAUAUACCAUUGCAUCAUCAAAUGUUUCAUUAGAAACACCACCAAAUCAAUGUCAAACACAUUACUUUAUUUGUCUAGGAUGAUGUGUCCUAUUAGGUACAAAAAAGUACUCUUCAAUUUGCCACAAUUUCUUAAAAACAUAGCAGUCUAUUGCCUACAGGUAGGAAAGUUUUAAAUGUCAUAUAUAUGUUUAUAUAUGAAUAAAUAGUACAGAAAUAUUGUGAAGUUUUGAAGAGAUGCAGGAUAUGUUAAAAUGCUGUUAGAAGUUGACAUUUUUUUUCCUUUCUGCAUUAAAAACAAUGCAUACAAUAUGCAGCAUUUUUUUUUUUUUAAACGUCAAGGACCGCAUAACCUAACGCAACUAUUCUUUUUUAACUUUAAGAAGCAUAAUGGAUAAUGUUUUCACAUUGAACUAUUAUUUUUAAUUUUCACAUAUAGGUUAAUUGACAACAUUUGUAUGUACAAAAAAACAAGUGUUUUGUUAGAUAAAGUUAUCCCAGAAGUACCUGUACACCUGAGCCUGUAAGUAUAAGAAAGUGUGGUCAGUAGCAACAUCUUUAAGAAAAGUAACAGAAAAGGUUCUUGCAUAGCAAGGUGUGAGGUUAAACCCAAAAGGAGCUUAUCCAUAGAUCAGGUAAAUCCCAGAUCACUGUAGAACAGAAGUAAACUGUGAAUUAGUGCAAAAGCUAGUCAAAUGGUUGAAGAGCUGCAUAUAAAUCAUGGCUGAUAACUGUAGACAGGUAAUACGAGAGUCAUUUUUGCAAUACGAAAGUCAUAGAAAGAAAAACAUCUGCAAAUCCUAUCCUCUUUUGACUUCAACUUAUACCCCCUACUAGCACUCCUCAUACAGGAAACAAUGAAGCCAUCCAGAAUGCCUUUUGCCUUUCAAGGGUAUAAUUACACUUGAUACUUUACAUUCUUAGGGUUCUUGGCAAAAUAUCAAUUCAGCAGUGGGCAGCGACAUUUCACAAAAUACUUCCUACCAUGUUAUCAGUAUUACAGUAAUUUUGGCACUGCUGUAGAAAUUUUAUAAAGGGAUAACAGCUGCUUAAGAAUGAAAAGUUAUAAAUG